AUGUUACAGGAAACCAACUGGACAACAGUCAAAGACUUUAUUAUUGUGGGCUUUCCAACCCUCCACCCUGAUUAUUAUGGCCUGGUCGCAUUCAUAUUUUGUAUUGUGUAUAUAGUCACAGUUGUAGGGAACUCUGUUCUAGUGGUAACAUUUGUGUAUGUGCCCAGCCUCCAUAAACCUAUGUACAUCAUCAUGUUCAGUUUGGCUCUGUCUGACAUAGGAUUUGGCACUGUUACAUUGCCCAAGAUAAUUGCUCUGUACUGGUUUGGUGAUAAAUUCAUACCCUUUCAUGUGUGCUUCGCACAAAUGUUACUGGUCCAUUUCUUUGGGACUGUGAACUCUUACAUUAUGGGGAUGAUGGCUAUGGAUCGUUACAUAGCCAUAUGUUUUCCUCUUAGAUACCCUAUGGUUAUGACAAAUCGCACCAUGACUAUCCUCAAUUGUGUUGCCUGGGCAAUAUCCUUUAUCACACCUGGCAGCAUGACCUUAUUGAUGUUGAUAUUACCUUAUUGUGGGCCAAACUAUAUCUACCAGUGUUACUGUGAUCAUAAUUCUGUCGUCACACUUUCAUGUGGUGACAACAGUUUUGUAAAGCUGGUUGCCUUUGCACAAGCCAUGGUAGUGCUUCUGAUACCCUUAGCUUUUAUCAUAUACUCCUACAUCCAUAUAAUAGUCAGUGUAGCAAAAAUAUCCACUUCACAGAGCCAGUGGAAAACCUUCUCCACCUGCACCACACAAAUAUGUAUAAUCAGUCUUUACUAUCUGCCACGCUGCACUGUCUAUAUAUUCAACAUGGCUGGACUCUAUAUUGACCUGGAUCUUCGCAUUACACUAAUUCUCUUCUAUAGUCUGUUUCCUCCUCUUGUAAACCCCUUCAUUUACUGCCUCAGAACAAAAGAGAUCAAACAAACACUGGCUCGCUGGUUUAGUGUGAUGAGCCUGGGGAACAAGUCCUCCAUUGUUGCUAUUUCCAGAUGA